AAUGUUCUUGCAAAGAGGUCAUGAAUGUUAUUUUUCGAGUGUUACUCAUUGGACAAAUGUUUACGGCCAGUUAGUUCAAAGCCCUGAUAAGAAGCAGGCGUUUUCAUUUCAACAUAGUUACUCAAGGGUUAUAGAACCCGAAUCGCAGCAUACACCUUCAGGACCCUUUAUGACUUUUAAAUUUUAUAAUGUAGAGAUAAGAGACAGGGUAAAAUGUGUUUCGGCCGUUGAUGGUGUACCUAUUUCGACUCAAUGGGGUUCACAGGGACACUAUUAUCCUAUACAAAUAGCGCAAUAUGGAUUAUCUCAUUAUAGUAAGUAUCUUGCUUCGAAUGAGGAAUCUAGAAAGUCUACUUUUCUCGAAAAUGGAAAAUUUUCAAAUUUAUGGAAUGUGCAUUCCUGCGAAACUAAUUCCAAUAAGGAAAUUUUAUCUUACAAAUGCGAUAACUCUGGCUCAAUUAGUAUGCCAAUUGAUUCAAGUUUAAAAUAUGAACAUUUUUCUGUAGAUUGGAAAAUAAGCAAAAAUUCAACUUUACUUUUAGUUGUGGAAGUUAAAGGAGGAGAGACUUUUAAUUUAUAUUAUGUACAGAGUAAUACCCUUAUUAAAUCAAGAGGCAAUAAUAUAUUUUAUGGUUUUGGCAAGAAAAGUUCAGGUUCUGAUUGGUUUAAAUUGACUAGAAAUAUAGCUAUAGACGUUCUUAAAGGAAUGAUUUUACGUAAACCUAAAAAAAUGAAAAAAAAGAAUAAAAUUUUAGUAAACCUGCUAAAAAUUCAAUUUUUUGGGAAUGGUGCUAUUGAUAACAUGACUUUAUCUAAUCAAGCUCACUUGGAUUAUUUCUAUUAUGCUUCUAAAUGGCUCUUAUUAAAUCAAGACAAAAGUGGUGGCUGGCCAAUAAACGUUGAUAGAAAUUUAGCAAAUGGUGAGCUAGAAUUGUCCGCUGGAUGGUACUCCGCGAUGGCUCAGGGACAAGCAAUGUCUUUACUAUGUAGAGCUUAUUCAAGAACUGGAAAAAAAGAGUAUUUGGAAGCUGCUAAAAAAGCAGCUUUCAUACUCUCUACACCGUCAUCUAAAGGUGGUGUUAAAGCCAAAUUCGCUGAUAAAUAUGACUGGUAUGAAGAAUAUCCCACUCAACCGCCAUCAUUUGUUCUUAAUGGAUUCAUCUACGCCUUAAUCGGCCUCUAUGAUGUUUAUACGUUGACCGAAGACCAACUUUCUGGCAAAUUAUAUAGUGACGGAAUGGAAUCCUUACAAACUUUACUACCGUUAUACGAUUCUGGUUCAGGUUCUUUUUACGAUCUUCGACAUUAUUCCUUACCCGGCACAGCUCCAAAUUUAGCCAGAUGGGAUUAUCAUACAACGCAUAUAAAUCAAUUGCUACUCUUGAAUACGAUAGAACAAUCAAGUAUAUUUACAAAAACCGCUGCCAGGUGGGUGGGAUAUAUGAAAGGACAUCGGGCCAAGCAUAAUUAA